GAACGUGGCUGGAAUCUGCUCGGGGGCCCUGUCUUCCCCCAGCCCAAGCAGAGCCUGCCAAGUUUGGGCCUAUCCUCUCCUCCUGUCCUUAUUUGGCGUUCCAGGUGAUAAGGCUGAGACAUAAAGGGGGCUGUGGGCCCCUCGAGGCAACCAGGCCGCUGCAGAGAGAGAGGAUGGCCAGCAGGAAGGCAGGGACCCGGGGCAAGGCCGCGGCCACCAAGCAGGCCCAGCGAGGCUCUUCCAACGUCUUUUCCAUGUUCGAGCAAGCCCAGAUCCAGGAGUUCAAGGAAGCCUUCAGCUGCAUCGACCAGAACCGUGAUGGCAUCAUCUGCAAGUCGGACCUUAGAGAGACCUACUCCCAGCUCGGGAAGGUGAAUGUUCCAGAAGAGGAGCUGGACGCCAUGCUGCAGGAAGGGAAGGGGCCCAUCAACUUCACCGUCUUCCUCACACUGUUUGGGGAGAAGCUCAAUGGGACAGACCCUGAAGAAGCCAUCCUGAGCGCCUUCCGCCUCUUUGACCCCAGUGGCAAAGGCGUGGUGAACAAGGAUGAGUUCAAGCAGCUUCUCCUGACCCAGGCAGACAAGUUCUCUCCAGCCGAGGUGGAGCAGAUGUUCGCCCUGACGCCCAUGGACCUGGCGGGGAACAUCGACUACAAGUCCCUGUGCUACAUCAUCACCCACGGGGACGAGAAGGAGGAGUGAGCCCGAGGUGCCAGCGGCUGGGACUCAAGGCCAGGCCUGUGGGGACACCUCAAUAAACACUAUUUCCGAAUUAGA